GCCCGCGCCUGCCCGACCCGGGCGAAGUACCGGCGAAGCGGGAGGACCGGCCGGGCCACCGAGGCGUGGGAGCGCGCAGAGCCCCGCCCGCCACCUCUGAUUGGCCUCGCGGCCGGACGCUGCCCUUCCCGCCGCUCUCAUUGGCCUAAGCGGAGCUACAGGUGGCGAGUCGUCCCGCCUCUGAGCUCUCCUUAGUGGGUGAGGGGUGUGGCGCUCCUUGUCUCCGAGCUCUCAUUGGUCCAAAUCUCCUUUGAAGGCGGGGCCGCGUCAGGGCGAAGACAACAAAGGGCGGCGGGCUGCGGGCGGCGGGGGUGGCCGUGUCGGUGUCGGUGGCGUCGGCGUCUCCAGUGCUCUUCUUAGCCGAGGCGUCCGGGCCUCCCGCCAGCCCCCCUCCAGAUGAAGUGUGAGCACUGCACGCGGAAGGAAUGUAGUAAGAAGACAAAAACCGAUGACCAAGAGAAUGUGACAGGGGAUGCUCCAAGUCCAGCCCAGGAGAAUGAAGAGAAGGGAGAAUUCCAUAAGUUGGCUGAUGCCAAGAUAUAUUUGAGUGACUGUCUGGCAUGUGACAACUGCAUCACUCCUGAGGAAGGAGUCCAGCUUUCCCAGCAAAAUGCCAAGGACUUCUUCCGUGUUCUGCACCUUAAUAAGAAAUGCGAUGCCUCAAAGCACAGAGUACUGGUCGUGUCUGUGUGUCCUCAGUCUCUACCUUAUUUUGCUGCUAAAUUCAACCUCAGUGUCACUGAUGCAUCCAGAAGGCUCUGUGGCUUCCUCAAAAGUCUUGGGGUACACUAUGUAUUUGACACAGCGAUAGCUGCAGAUUUCAGCAUCUUGGAGAGUCAGAAGGAAUUUGUGCGUCGCUACCAUCAGCACAGCAAGGAGCGGCAAGCACUGCCCAUGCUGACCUCUGCCUGUCCUGGCUGGGUCCGAUAUGCUGAGCGGGUGCUUGGCCACCCUGUCACCCCACACCUGUGCACUGCCAAGUCUCCCCAGCAGGUCAUGGGCUCCCUGGUGAAGGAUUAUUUUGCCAGACAGAAGAACCUGCCUCCAGAGAAGAUUUUCCACGUCAUUGUGGCCCCUUGCUACGACAAGAAGCUGGAGGCUCUUCGGGAGGGUUUCUCCACAGCUUUGCACAAUACCCGGGGUACUGACUGUGUGCUGACAUCAGGUGAAGUUGCUCAGAUAAUGGAGCAAAGUGGCCUCUCAGUGAAGGAUGCUUCAGUGGACACUCUGUUUGGUGAUAUGAAGGAGGCCGUGGUACGGCGCCAUGAUGGAGCAGGCUCAGAUGGGCAUCUGGCCCAUGUCUUCAGACAUGCUGCCAAGGAGCUGUUUGGCGAGCACGUGGAAGAGAUCACCUACCGUGCACUGAGAAACAAAGACUUCCAUGAGGUCACCCUGGAGAAGAACGGUGAGGUCGUACUGCGCUUUGCUGCGGCGUACGGAUUCCGGAACAUCCAGAACAUCAUCCUGAAGCUCAAGAAGGACAAGUUCCCGUACCACUUUGUGGAAGUCCUCGCGUGCCCCAGAGGAUGUCUAAAUGGCAGGGGCCAAGCACAGACUGAGAACGGACACGCAGACAAGGCCCUGCUUCAGCAGAUGGAGGGAAUCUACUCUGCCAUCCCCGUGUGGGCUCCUGAGAGCAGUGCACACGUGCAGGAGUUGUACCGGGAGUGGCUGGAGGGCACUGACUCUCCCCGAGUACAGGAGGUGCUGCACACCACCCACCAGAGCCCGGAGCCCUGCCCUGACACGCUGGACAUGAAGUGGUGACUGCAAGGAUGGCAAGGCCCACUCUGAGUGUGGAAAUACUCGAAACACCAAGUGUUUAGAGUUCUCUGCCUCCCUGACAGUUUCACGUGGUGCUAUCUUUGUAGUGCGUGUGUGGGAGUCGUGUUUGCACUGGUACUGGGAAGUGCUUCCUUUGUCUACCCUUUCAUCCUACAAUUGUGAGAAAAUUUCCAAAGAGUGAACACAGAGACAUAUCAUUGUCUUUUAGGUUUAAAAAGGCCCCAAAAAGUGUCCUGGAAGAGCUGCAUCCUAGUUGAGGCUCCAGUGCCUCAGAUCAUUACUAGAAAAGCAGAGGGCACAGCAGGACCAGACUGCUGCCCUGUGGACACCUGCUGGCCCUAGGGUUGUUGGGCAGGUAUACAGACCCAGGUUUCUUGCUUGGUUUGGCUCUUGAACCUCAGCCACCAAGCACAGCAGGCCCUACCAUCCUGGGACCUUGCUUGGCUGGCAUGUGGCCAUGUGGGCAAUGGAGACUGAUCUGUGCAUUCGAGAGGCCAAUGAGGGGGCAGACAUCAUAGAGUGGAGCACUUGCCUAACACAGAGGCCAUGGCUCAACACCCAUCAUGCAAAAGAAACACUGGAGAAUUGAGAGGGCCACCUUCUGGGUCAUGGGGUGGUGAGGAAGGGUGGUGAAGGGAGACAGGAGACAGUUUUCUUGUCCCAGGCAUCCUGCCCCGCACACAGGAUUAUUUCUCCUAAGUGAGCCUGUUUCACCCCUUGGCUCCACAAAGUGCCCUGUGUGCUUUGUGACCGUACUCACCCAGCCCAGCUGCAGUGCUGUUGUCGGCUUGCCUUAGGAAGCAGUAGCAUACUGGCCACACAAAGUGCCCAGCCACACAGUCCCCAGAACCUGUGGUACACAGGGCUCAGGUCGGGGGGGACUGCAGGCCCAGGGUGGUUUCAUAAAGCACUUGAACUUUGACCAUAUGCACUAUGACGUCUAUCCUUCAGUGUUGUGAGCUUGGCAAUGUGGUCACCUUUAUCUUCUUCUGUGUUGCGUUGUACCUGUGAACCUGUCUAGGUAUACAACUGCUUAUAUGAUGUUAAACUGUAUAUAUGUAAUUGUUAUUUUGUUUCAGUCUAUACAGUUGAGUGUCCGUCCAUUCCACAGUAACUGAUUGGGAAUAAACAGUGGAAGGUCUCAGUUCUCCUUGC